AUGAGCAGGUCCGCGGCGCUGCUGCUGCUGCUCUGCCUGCUGGGCUGCAACGUGUGGAAAGCGGUGACCAAGACCUUGCGGGAGCCCCGAGCUCAAGAAGUGACAUUGAAGGUCCACAUCAGUGACGCCAGCACCCAUCAGUCAGUCAACGAAGCCUUCAUUGAGAUAUUUACCAACCAGGUCUCUAUUGCCUCUGGAACAUCAGGAGCAGAUGGCACAGCUUUCAUCAAGUUUCAGUAUCAACUGGGCAGUCAGCUGAUCGUCACGGCCAGUAAGCCUGCAUAUGUACCAAAUUCUGCACCAUGGAAACCCAUACGGUUACCUGUGUUUUCUUCUCUAAGCCUUGGCCUGCUCCCUGAGCGAUCAGCUACUCUGAUGGUAUAUGAAGAUGUCGUCCAGAUAGUCUCAGGAUUUCAAGGUGCUCGGCCACAGCCUCGGGUUCAUUUCCAGAGACGAGCCCUGAAGCUGCCGGAGAACACCAGCUACAGUGACCUGACUCCUUUUCUCACAGCUUCCAGUGUCCCAGCAGAAGUGGACAGUUUCCCGUAUUUACGAGGAUUAGAUGGAAAUGGAACAGGGAAUAGCACCAAGUAUGACCUGACCCCUGUCACUGCAGUCAGCGUUCACCUGCUCCGCGGCGAUGGGACCCCAGUCGUGGUGGAUGGGCCUAUUUAUGUCACGGUUCCUCUGUCUCCACAAAGCAGCCUGAGGCACAAUGCACAUGUUACUGCAUGGCGAUUUGACCAAAAGCUUGGAACGUGGCUGAAAAGUGGCUUAGGCCUCGUACAGCAGGAAGGGAAUCAGCUGACGUGGACCUACAUUGCCCCACAGCUGGGGUACUGGGUGGCAGCCAUGUCUCCCCCCAACCCAGGUCCUGUUGUAGCGCAAGACAUAACUACGUAUCACACGGUAUUUCUUUUGGCCAUUUUAGGAGGAAUGGCCUUCAUACUUUUGAUUUUGCUGUGUCUUCUUUUGUAUUAUUGCAGGAGGAAAUGUUUAAAACCUCGUCAACACCACAGAAAACUUCAGCUUUCUACAGCCCUAGACAGUUCCAAAAAAGAUCAGUCAACAUCCAUGUCCCAUAUAAAUUUACUGUUUUCCCGACGAGAAUCGGAAUUUCCUGGCACCCUAUCAGUUGCCAGCCAUGGGCGCCCAGAUCCAUCAGGCACAAAGGAACUGAUUGGUGGUGUUCAUACAGAGAUGCUGUCUUCUAGUGGUGAAGCAGAUUUGCACACCCCAAUGCUCAAACUUUCAUACAGCACCUCACAAGAAUUUAGCUCCCGAGAGGAACUUCUUUCCCACAAAGAAGAGGAUAAGAGCCGAAUAUCCUUUGAUAAUGUGACACCAAGCGGGACCUUAGGAAAGGACUACCAUAAAUCUGUGGAGGUUUUUCCUUUAAAAUCGAGAAAAUCUGUGGAGAGAGAAGGCUAUGAAUCCCCACUCAAGGAUGAUUACAGGAGGAGUUAUAACUCUAUGUUGUCCCAGCCUUUAUUUGAAAAGCAAGACAGAGAAAUCCAAGCCUCCAUUAAUCACAUUUCUGCGGGAAGCAAGCUCACUAUUCAGGAACAGAUGUACCCUACGUCAUCAUCCCCUGAAAAAGAGCAACUGCUAGAUCGCCGGCCAACAGAGUGUAUGAUGUCCCGGUCCGUGGAUCAUCUCGAAAGGCCAACUUCUUUUCCUCGGCCAGGCCAGCUGAUCUGCUGCAGCUCCGUUGACCAGGUCAAUGAUAGCAUUUAUAGGAAAGUCUUGCCUGCUUUGGUCAUCCCCGCUCAUUAUAUGAAAUUGCCAGGGGACCAUUCCUAUGUGAGCCAGCCACUGGUUGUCCCAGCGGACCAACAAGUUGACAUAGAAAGACUUCAGGCAGAGUUUUCCAGCCCUCAUGCCCAACUCUUCCCACAUCCCUCCACCCAGAUGCAAUCCCAGCAGCUAUCUUCACAAGCAAUAUCGCAGCAGCACUUACAAGAUGCAGGCUCCCAUGAGUGGAGCCCACAGAAUGCUUCCAUGUCAGAAUCUUUGUCCAUCCCUGCAUCCCUUAACGAUGCAGCUUUGGCUCAAAUGAAUAGUGAGGUACAGCUUCUAACUGAAAAGGCUCUCAUGGAACUGGGAGGAGGGAAGCCACUUCCCCAUCCUCGGGCCUGGUUUGUGUCUCUGGAUGGAAGAUCUAAUGCUCACGUUAGACAUUCAUACAUUGAUCUCCAAAGAGCUGGAAGGAACGGGAGUAAUGAUGCCAGUUUAGAUUCUGGUGUUGAUAUGAAUGAACCAAAAUCUGCCCGAAAGGGUAGAGGAGACCACUUAUCCCUUCAGCAGGGGCACCCGCCUGUGCCGGAGCAUCAGCAUAGAGAGCAGAGUGUCCCGGACAGCACAGCCUACACACAGCUAGUGUACCUGGACGAUAUGGACCAAAGCGGCAGUGAGUGUGGAACCACGGUGUGCACCCCUGAGGACAGCACCCUGCGUUGCCUGUUGGAUGGGGCUGGUCGGAGGAGUGGUACCCAGCUGCCCAGCCUGCAGGAGGAAACGAUAAAGCGAACUGUGGAAGCCCCACCUGAGGCAUUAGCUAGUCCUGAACGUGGAAGAUCUGCCCACGAGGAAGACGAAGAUGAUGAAGACGAUGAAGACGACCAAGGAGAAGACAAGAAAAGCCCAUGGCAAAAGCGAGAAGAGAGACCACUGAUGGCUUUUAACAUAAAGUGAGCUGUUGCAGAUCCACCUUUCUGUGGAGUAUAAAAUUGCCAAAUAUUCUUUCUAUGGAAGCGCUUACUUGUUUGUGGAAAAGACAAAAAAAAAAAAAAAAAACA